AAGGAACACUGACCUGUACUCCUUUUAUCAACAAGCCAUGGCUCUCUUCGUACCUGUUUCUAAGCCAGCCAACAGACUCGCUCGUUACCGUGCUCUGUCGCCGCUAGCCAGCAUUCAUGUUUCCCCGCUUCAGCUCGGUGCCAUGAGCAUUGGUGACAAGUGGCAAGAAUUCAUGGGCAGUAUGAAUAAGGAGUCUUCUUUCAAACUUCUUGAUGCCUUUUAUGAUGCCGGAGGAAAUUUCAUCGAUACUGCCAACAACUAUCAGGAUCAAAGUUCAGAGGAAUUCAUUGGGGAGUGGGCAGAACAGCGCGGAAUACGCGAUCAGCUCGUCAUCGCAACGAAAUACACGACGAACUUCCAUCGUGGAAAUGAAAGCAUCAAGCAACAAGUUCAUUACACUGGGAACAACGUCAAAUCGAUGAACAUCAGCGUCGAGGCCAGUUUAAAGAAACUCAGGACUUCGUACAUUGACAUCCUCUAUGUCCACUGGUGGGAUUAUGACACUUCGGUGGAAGAAGUCAUGAAUGGUCUCCACACGCUCGUGCAGCAAGGCAAAGUUUUAUACCUUGGGAUCUCAGAUACACCAGCGUGGGUAGUGUCGAAGGCGAACCAGUAUGCACGCGAUCACGGGAAAUCUCCCUUCGUUAUUUACCAGGGCGCAUGGAACGUUAUGGCGCGGUCUUUUGAGCGCGAUAUCAUUCCCAUGGCUCGUACAGAAGGUCUUGCCCUGGCGCCAUGGAAUGUCCUUGCUGCGGGGAAACUCAGAACAGAUGAGGAAGAAGAACGCCGCCGACAAACUGGUGAGAAAGGACGUGUUAUGCGAAACCCAUCAUGGGAGCGCAAUGAAGACGAGAAGAAAAUGUCGAAGGCACUGGAGAAAGUUGCGCAAGAAGUGGGCGCUAAGCACAUCACUGCAGUUGCAAUCGCGUAUUUGAUGCAUAAAACGCCUUAUGUUUUCCCCAUCAUUGGAGGCAGAAAGGUCGAACACCUGGAAGCUAAUACCGAAGCACUCGAGAUUUCGCUUACGCUCGACCACAUGUCUUAUCUGGAAAGUAUCAUUCCAUUUGACCCGGGUUUCCCUAAUAAUAUGGUGGGAAAUGGAACAGGCCGUAGCAUGCUCCUGGGUAUGACCGCUUACAUGGAAAGACAGCCUGCAAUUCAAUCCAUCAGGCACGACAAAGAUUGAGAAUAUCUACCUUACGCUAUUUCCGAAUCGUGUUUUUCUCUCCGUGUAUCUAUCUUUGUAGGUCCUGGACACACCAAGGAUUUUUGGAACAAUCAAGGUUACAAUCACCCGAGUCGAGAUGCCCAGAAUGUGCUUUAGACACCCUGGUU